AUGGAGCCGGCGGAGGUGGAGGCGGGAGGCGGCAUCGCCGCCGCGAGGAGCAGCCCGGCCGCCGUGCAGGCCACCAACGACGACGCCGCGGCGAGCAAGCUGUCCUGUGUUACCAAAGGGUACAUGAAGGAUGAUUACGUGCACCAUUUUGUUAGGCGGACAACAAAAAGGGCUCCAAUAAUCAAUCGUGGCUACUAUGCCCGCUGGUCUGUUCUUAGGAAACUUAUGCUCCAGUUCCUCAAUGCUGGGAGUGGUAGUGAUGAUCACAAGAGGAAACAGAUAUUAUCUCUUGGCGCUGGCUUUGACACGACAUUUUUCCAGUUGCAGGAUGAAGGGCUUGCUCCAUACCUUUAUGUAGAGCUGGAUUUUCAGGAGGUAACCAGCAAAAAGGCUGCCAUCAUCAACCACUAUAAUGACAUGAAGGAAAAAUUAGGACCUGAUGCUUCUAUUUCAAUAGAAAAAGGCGAAGUGACGAGUACAAAUUACAAGCUAUUUUCUGCUGAUAUUCGUGAUAUACCGAAGCUAGAUGCAGUUAUUCACAUGGCUGAAAUGGACCCAAGCUUGCCGACCUUUAUAAUUGCAGAGUGUGUUCUAAUUUACUUAGAUCCAGCUUCAACUGAUGCUAUUGUUAGUUGGGCAUCCGAGAAGUUCUCCAGUGCAAUUUUUUUCUUAUAUGAGCAGAUCCAUCCAGAUGAUGCAUUUGGGGAGCAAAUGAUUAGGAAUCUUGAGAGUAGAGGAUGCCCCCUCCUUGGCAUAAAUGCUACACCAACCUUAAGUCACAAGGAAAAACUUUUUCUCGAUCAUGGAUGGAAGAGAGCUGUUGCCUGGGAUAUGCUGAAAAUAUACAAUGAUUUCAUUGACGGUGGAGAAAGGCGUAGGAUUGAGCUGCUAGAGCUGUUUGAUGAGUUUGAAGAGUGGCAUAUGAUGCAGGAACACUAUUGUGUUGCAUAUGGGAUAAACGACCCCGAGGGGAUAUUUGACGAUUUCGGGUUCAAGGAGUAG